AUGUACGCAAUUCAUAUUCCAACGGCUCCCGGGCCACGGGCUCUCCAGGCCCUGUUGAUCGUGCAAAUCCCCAAUGCGCAGGAGAUCAUUAUUGUUCUAGGAAAAUUACCCGACGCAGCGCGUCAAGGUCUGCAGUUCCGUAAGAACGUCAACCAUGUUAUUGUUACAGACGCAGAUGCAGACGCAGACGCAGACGCACAUGUUGAAAAUAGAAUCCAAAAUGUCCGUCCGCUAUGA